GGAGGCAGCAGUCUACGUCAAUCGGCUCUGUUGCCGUCGCUAGCCCUUCCUAGACCUAGUGGACGCUGUCAGCCUUCCCAGGACAUUGGCAAACGCUGUCACUCCGGCGUCGACCACCUCUGGCGAGCAACGACGCGAGACUGCCUUGGCAGACGCACUUGCCUGCAACCAGCCCCGCGGCGCGUCGGAGCGCGGUACCGGGACACGGGUGAGCUGCGGUAUUCGCUGCGGUCGCUGAGAUGAUAAGACGACGACCAGCGAUGAGUGUUAAUUUGUUAGUGUUGCUGGCCGCGCUCCUGCCGUCCGUGCAGCCCUUCGUGGCCGGCCCCGCGCCCGCUCUCGGGCCGGCGCGGCACGCGCGCGCGGCGCAACCGCCGCGCUGCGUCGCCCUGAGCGCGAAGAAGGCGAAGAAGGGCCCCAAGGGCGCCGCCGGCGCCGCGGCGUUGGCCGGCCUCGAGGCCCUCGAAGCGCUCGAGGCCGCCGAAGCGGCCGUCGCUGAACCCGAGGAGCCCGCCGCGCCGCCGCCCGCACCGAAGCUCAAGAAGAAGAAGGCCAAGAAGUCCGCCGGCAAGGGCGCCGGCGCCGGCGCCGCGGCCGACGCGCUCGCGGCGCUCGAGGCCCUCGAGGCCGCCGAGGCCCCGGAGCCCGAGCCUGUGGUUGCGGCGGCGCCCCCGAAGAAGGCCAAGAAGGCCAAGAAGGGCCCGAAGGGCGCUGCCGGCGCCGCGGCCGCCGCGGGCCUCGAGGCCCUUGAGGCCCUCGAGGCCGCCGAGGCCGCCGCCGAGCCGGAACCGGAACCGGAACCGGAACCGGAGCCCGAGCCCGAGCCCGAGAAGAAGCUCUCGCCCAAGGAGGCCAAACGACUCGCUCUGUUAGCGGAGCUCGAGGCCCUCGAUGAUGAUUUUGACGACAUACCCGUAAAGCCGAAGAAGCAGAAGAAGGACAAGAAGGACAAGAAAAAGAAGGGCAAGAAGCAGGAGGAGCCCGUCGCCGUCGAAGAGGAGGAAGAGUCGUUCGCGCCACCCACAGUAGCCGCCGAGGAGGCCGAGGAAGAGGUCACGCUCGAAGAGAAGAUGAAGCGGCAACGGGGCUCGGCUCGCGUGCGGCGCAUCGAGCAGUCUUCAAGUGGUGCGGCUACCGUACGGCUAGAGAAGGUCAGUGUGGUGUUCAAGAACACGGAGGUCCUGAAGGACGCGUCGUGGUCCGUGACGACGGGCGAUCGGGUCGGGUUAGUGGGCGCGAACGGCGGCGGCAAGACGACGCAACUCAAGGUGCUGGCGGGCGAGUUGGAGCCGACGUCGGGUGAUGUUGUCCUCUCGUCAGAAGGCGUGAAGAUCGCUUAUUUGAAACAGGAGUUUUCCGAGAGUCUGGACCCGUCGAAGACGUUACGCGAAGAACUCGCGUCGGUGUUCGUCAAGGAGGCCGAACUCCUGAAAGAGUUAGCGGAGGCGGAGGAAGCGUUAACUUCCGGUGAAGACGGCGCCCUCGAGAAGUUCGAGGAGCUCCAGCAAAAAGCCCAAGACGGCGACGCGCUGAACAUCGAAGCGUUGGUCGAUAGGGUCGCGCAGCAGAUGGGCUUUGGGGAAGCUGAUCUAGACGCCUUAGUUGCAUCGUUUUCAGGCGGGUGGAAGAUGCGCAUCGGGCUGGCCAAAGUUUUGCUCGAGCGGCCGGAUGUACUACUGUUAGAUGAGCCGACCAACCACUUGGACCUAGAAAGUGUAGAAUGGCUGGAAGCGUUCCUACGAGAACAAACGUUGGCCAUGGUCAUCGUGUCCCACGACCGGGAAUUCUUGGAUCAAGUGUGUACUAGGAUAGUGGAUACCGAUAGGGGUAUAUGUACCUCCUAUAAUGGUAACUACUCAAAAUUCCUACGAGCGAAACGCGAGCGCAUGAAGCAGUGGGAGGCCGCCUACAAGCGGCAGCAGGCCAAGAUCAAGACCGACAAGGACUUCAUCAAUAAGAACCGGGCCGGGAGCAAGGCGGCGCAGGCGAAGUCGCGCGAGAAGGCCCUGGAGAAAUUGCUAGCGUCGCCCGACUUGGUGGAGAGACCACCUUCUGAUGGUAAAGGGUUGCGGUUUAGAUUCCCGGAACCGCCUCGCUGCGGCAACGACGUCUUAGCUGUGAAUGAUGUUACCCAUGGUUAUGGCGACGUUACCUUAUUCGAGGACGUGUCCUUCGACUUGCGGAGGCGGGACCGGGUGGCCAUCUUGGGGGCGAACGGUGCCGGUAAGUCGACACUGUUACGCGUCGUGAGCGGCAAGGAGGACGCACGGGAAGGAGACGCGUCGUUCGGCAGCGCAAAUGUUAGGAUGCAGUACUUCGCCCAGAACCAGGCCGACGCCAUGGAUUUGACCAAGACUGUUAUGAGAACAAUAGAAGAUGCUUCCGCCGAAGGGGCUGAAAGAUCUUACAAUGAGCUCCGAGCUCUGUUAGGACAGUUCCUGUUCAAGGGCGACGACGUGCAGAAGAAGCUCGAAUCGCUGUCCGGUGGCGAGAAGGCUCGCGUGGCCUUGUGCGCCAUGAUGCUUAGUCCGUCGAACGUAUUGUUCUUGGACGAGCCGACGAAUCACUUGGACAUCCCCGCGAAGGAGAUGCUCGAGGACGCCUUGCGGCACUUUGAUGGUACUGUGGUGGUGGUUUCGCAUGAUAGGUACUUCGUCAGCCAAGUAGCCAACACCAUCUUCAAUAUUGAAGAUCAAAAAUUGCACCGUUGGGAUGGGGACUAUGCCUCUUACAUGGAGAACAAGGACGACCUGCGGGAGAGAGUAGAGGGACGGUACAUCAAGGGCUCGCAGUCCAUCAAGAAGGCGCGCUUCGUCGACCUGGAUGCCGUCGCCGAGGAGAGCAAGGGGGGCAAGAAAAAAUUUGGAGGAGGUUUGCACGGCGGUUCCGGGCGCAAGGACAAGGGCGUGAAGAACGCGAAGCGCAUGGCGUAGUUCUCGGCGGGGACUAGGAGUUUGUGCAUUUA